ACACAGUCCACAGUACCUCGUCUCCUCCAGGGCUCCAGUCCACAGUACCUCGUCUCCUCCAGGGCUCCAGUCCACAGUACCUCGUCUCCUCCAGGACUCCAAAAAGACAGUAUGGAGAAGAGCCAGUAUGGACCCCCCCAGGACUUGUCUGCUCCCCCCUACCCAGGCCCCCCGGCGGGCUACCAGGGAAGUGGGGGGGGAACAGCCUACCCCCCUCAGCCUGGCUUCCAGGGAGGUUCCCAACCCGGCAUGUACCCACCAGCUCCCCAAUACGGCACGGGCAUGGCACAACCUACAAACGUCCCCAGCGUAACCCAGGUGGUGGUGAUGCAGCAGCCGCUGCUAAGAGACGUACCCGGCCAGAUGACGUGUCCCCACUGUCAGGUCCCGGUUCUGACAGAGACCACACACGCCACUGGACUGCUCACCUGGGUUAUCUGUGGAUCACUCGGCUUUUUCCUGUGCUGGCCAUGCUGUUUGAUUCCGUUCUGUGUUGACUCCUGUAAGGACGUAGAACACCGCUGCCCCAACUGCAAGAGAGUGAUCCACAUCCACAAACGCAUGUGAACAGACCAAGAUGAGAUACCUGCCACAAAGUGAUCCACAUCCAUAACUAGCCCCCAUCUCCCACAGCCACUGCUGCCACAAAGUGAUCCACAUCCACAACUAGCCUCUCGCCCACAGCCACUGCUGCCACAAAGUGAUCCACAUCCAUAACUAGCCCCGGCCCACAGCCACUGCUGCCACAAAGUGAUCCACAUCCAUAACUAGCCCCGGCCCACAGCCACUGCUGCCACAAAGUGAUCCACAUCCAUAACUAGCCCCGGCCCACAGCCACUGCUGCCACAAAGUGAUCCACAUCCAUAACUAGCCCCGGCCCACAGCCACUGCUGCCACAAAGUGAUCCACAUCCACAACUCCUCAUGAAAAUAAAAAUAUAUGUUGUGAGAAGUCACAGUGUAAAGACAAUAGUCUGACUGUGGCUGAAAUGACUACUGGAAGACCAGUUUAACAUUGACUAGUGUCCGUGUGUAACAAGCUAAGGCCACUUCUAGCAGACUCUUUACACUGAUUGUAAUAUAUGUUUUCUUUCAUUCUGUGAAUCUUCAUGUUAGACAGAAAGUAGGAUUCUAUUUGUAUUGAAGUUGAUAUUGAUUGGUUGUUGGGUUUUUUAAAGGGACAGUCCACAGUUGAAACAAUUAAAAAGCUGAACCCUG